CUUUUUCUUAGCCGCUGACCACCACCAUUCACCACCCAUAUUCAGCCAAACCUCUCCACGUCCUGUACCACGUCCUCCUCCCACCUUCACUCACACCCAUCAUACUCGUACCUCUUACCUUGUACAUCGAUUGUAAACAAUAACACCACCUUCUUCCUUGUACAAUUCUUCAAUUCUUCCGUCGCCAUUCCAGCCCUUAGGUGGCCUCGCCAUAGUCAUCGCCGCCCCAAGGAUCGAUCUCAUUCCAGACCAGCUGACCCCUCGAUCCGCCGCAGCCAGGUUCCCAUUGCGCUGCUCCAUUCUCACGCACAGACACGUCCAUUCUCUCUCCUACUUUCGACAACCCGCUCGACUCUGACGUCCAUCAAAUUUCUCCCUGCCCUGCUCGAGCUCCAGACUGCUCUGGUAUUUCGCAAGUCUGGUGCCCCGUGUGUCCCGUCCAUUCGGGCUCUGGUGCAAGCCUUAAACUUGAGCCUACGUCCCAGUCGACUUCACCUCCGGUUAAUGGGACGUAUAACCCUCGUUUGCACGCGACUUCUUCUACCAAUUGGCCAUUCCUGCUAUCUCUGAACACUCUCGCCCGUUGUCGCCAUGGCUUCGACGCGUCAACAUCCGUAUGUUCAGAUCUACCAAGAUCCUAUGCCGCUUCCCUCCAACAUGUCACCCACACAUAAACCACGACCGCAUUUACAGCCUUCAGCAAUGCCUCUACAGCCUAUGAGGAAUCCACCGGUACAUCCUGAAGUCAUUCUCAACGCCCCAAUGGUUUCAAGUCACCAAAUAUCACCGUUGAAGAGCCAUCCCAUGUCACCACCCAAGCCGAAUUAUUCGAAUCUCAACUACAUCCCCAUUCCUCCACCGCCCUCGGCAGCCAACAUGUACACCGACUCCCCCGCGAAGAGACAUCAUAUGCCCCCAAAUCAACACUUUGCACCAGUGCACAUGAUGCAGCAGCCGUUGUUCACCACAUUCAAUAGCAACUUUGAAACGUAUGAACAAGAGAACUUCGCGCACCCGCACCCACCCAUGCCGGACAAUUAUGGCGAAUUUCCAGACCCGACAUAUAUGCGAAAAAUACCCUUGAAGAGAUCAUACUCUGAUGCACAGCUGAUCAAUGACCGGCCACUCAAGAAGGCAAAGCAAGAGGAGGAGAUCAUUACACAUAUUCCUGAACCAGAAGAAAUGCCCCCCAUUGAGGAUGAUGGCAAUAAGCCUUCUUACAGUUAUGCUCAGAUGAUCGGCAUGGCCAUCUUGCGGGCGCCAAAUCGCCGACUCACUCUCGCGCAGAUCUACGAGUGGAUCUCUAGCACGUUUGCCUAUUAUCGCGAAGACACCAAGCAGAGCUGGCACAAUAGUAUCAGACACAAUCUGUCUUUACACAAGGCAUUCACAAAGCAAGAAAGACCAAAAGGCGAUGCUGGGAAAGGUAGUUACUGGGUCAUUGAGCCUGGAAUGGAGGGUCAAUUCAUUAAAGACAAGAACCGGCGGGGCAAUAACAUGGCACACCUCAGCAUACAGUCCAAUACCAUGCGCUCGGAUCCUUCGAAGAUUGCUCAGUCACUGUCAGAGGCUUUGAUGCCUAGUCCCUUCAUAGUUCAGUCGAGUGAACAACCUCCAUCUCGACCUCAGACGGCCCCAGCCUUGCCGGAGUUGUCUUCGGAUGCAACUCUCCCAGCUUCGGACCCAGCUUUGGACGACCAAGACGCUGCAGAAGCUGAAGAACAUGUGCUUCCUGCUGCUCCAAAGUCUUCACCUCCCGACGCCAUCAACUCAUCUCCUCCAGUGCGUGCAUCAAACCACCAUCGCAACAUAUCCUCGCCCACUGCGCGCAUGCAGCGGCCAGCCUCGGUCCACCGACAGAAGCGGUCUUUGUCCAAGAUGGACGAUAGUGGCUACUUCUCGUCCAUAGAGUCGUCGGUGCUCCGCCCGAACAAGAAUGCUGUCGUACUUACUUCUGAGCUUGAUAUCGAGCCAAUGAGGAAGAAGACUGGCAGAGCUGAAGAGGAGAUUGCUCGAAUUCGAAGCUCUUCUCAUGAUGUGACUCCAAGUCACGCACGCUUCCGCAAUGCUACCGUGGACAUUGCACGCUCAUCGUCUCCUGUCCGAGUUAGCCCGGGCGCCAGACGGAACCCCGUAACUCCCUCGGUGGUCUUCAAGAAGCCGCUUCGGCCGCCGCCCUCGGUUUCCCCCAACACACAGUUACACCUUCAUCGCAAGGCCAUGCGAGAUUUUGCCAAUUCUCCCCUCAAGAAUUUUGGACAGUUCGAAUUGGACACUUAUAGUCCACUCAAAUGGUCAACUUUGACGGCCUACAGUGGAGCCGAUGAUUCGUUCGAGAUCUUCACGGACCCAGCGAUUGGCAUGACUCCUGCCACACCGGGUUUCACCUCAUCCCCGUUGAAAGCAUCUGUUUCUCGACCCGCCUUGGGACGAGCAUCGACGACUGGCAACGUGCUUACUGAAAUGGUUGGCAGCGCUUAUCGACUCAAUGCAAAGACACCAACCCGUGGCAGCCUUCUUAAACCCGGAGUUCGCGCUACAUUCAAUGGAUCCCCUCUCAAAGGGACGACGGAGAACAUACCCGUCCUUGACGACCAUGACCUCUUUGAUUUCAAUUCUUUCGAGAAUGAAGCCUCUGAUAAUGAGGAUGGUGUUGACAUCUUGAAAGGAUUCGAAAAGAUCGGUGGGCCCUCAGUGCAGGUUUCAACUGAUCACAUCCGACGACCUUCGCUCGGAGGUCGCAGCUUUACUUCACGAUUCUAAUGUGUCGAUGAUUGACCUGAUACAUAAUAUUCUCUUCGGAUUCAAGGGUGGAGAAUUGGUUUCCUUUCUUCUUUGUUUAGCGACCUGUUGGAUUUUCUUCUUUAGCGCUUUUGACGUGGAUGGAAUAGUGGAAAGGUCUGCUUCGGCCUUUUCCUGCAGCUGUGACAUGGUGGGCAGAAGGGGCACUACGAUGUCAAGAGCUAAUGAAAUUUCAUUCGAGGCUUUUUAGAGCCCUCUUCUUUCUGAUGACGAUAUGGGCUGUGAUGACUGUUAAUAUUGGGAAGAAAGACACCAUUACCAUGAGAAGCAUACCCCAGAGAAUGUAUGUCUCAUGCAGAUAGGUUAGAGUAGUUGAGCAGC